AUGUCGAAUUUGUCGAAGCUUGAGUUUGUGGCACUUGAUAUCUCCGGAAAGAAUUACUUAUCAUGGGUACUCGAUGCUGAAAUUCACCUAGACGCCAAAGGCCUUGGUGCCACUAUUAUUCAGGAUAAAGCGAAGGCAAUGGUUUUCCUUCGUCAUCAUCUGGAUGAAGGAUUGAAGGUUAAAUACCUGAUAGUGAAAGAUCCACUUGAAUGGUUUAAAGGAAAGGAUUUUAAAACUGUAUGUGAUUAUAACUCUGUUGUUUAUAAAAUUACUUCCCAAUUGAAAUUAUGUGGGGAUAAUAUAACUGACGAGGAUAUGUUGGAAAAGACUCUUACGACUUUUCAUGCCUCCAAUUUGGUAUUACAACAGCAGUACCGGGAGAGGGGUUUUAAAAAGCAUGCUGAUUUGAUAUCAUGUCUUCUUGUGGCUGAGCAGCAUAAUACCCUUUUAUUGAAAAGUCAUGAAGCCCGUCCCACUGGAACUGCUCCAUUCCCGGAAGCGAAUGUGGUAGCAACACAUGGCCCAGCUGAAAGAAGACAAAAUAGUCGGGGCCAUAAUAAUGAGCGUGGGCGUGGUAGGGGCAAGGGACGAUAUUAUAAUCGCCGUGAUGGUGGUCACCAUAAAAGAGAGAACAAUAUGGGUUAUCAAGGCAAUCCUUCAAGGAACAACUGCCAUCGUUGUGGUUUGAAAGGUCACCGGAAAAAUGAAUGCCGGGCCCCUGAACAUUUUGUCAGGCUUUAUCAAAAUUCCUUCAAAAGAAAGGCAAAUAGAGGUGGUGCCCGAGUGGAGUCACACAUGACUUCAAAAAAUGACGAUGACACAGGGCCUUCACGAAAAUAUUAUGAUAAUGUUGGAGCUAAUUUGGCUUUGAAAGAUGAUGAUUUUGAUGGGCUUGAUGAUGUUACUCAUUUGGAAGUUGAAGACUUCUUUUAA